AUGGAAGAUAUAAUUAGCACCUUGCCGGAUUCAAUUAUAUGUCACAUUCUCUCUUUUCUCCCAACCAAAACCGCCGCAACCACAAGCAUACUCUCAAAGAGAUGGAAUCCACUAUGGCUCUUAGUCCUCACUCUCAACUUCCAAUUAGACACCACAACCUUAAAAGACAUAGACUCCUUUAGAAAUUCAGUCUAUGCAGCAAUGUUCUCACGAAACAUCACACUUCCAAUCCUUUCGUUUCGUUUGAAAUGCAGCCACUCUUCGUUUAACCAAUACGAUGUUAGUCGAUUUGUUUACUUUGCAAUGCAACGAGGGAUUGAGAAACUCAAUAUUAGCAUUGACAUUAACUUUCCCCCUAACAUUCUUAGUUGUAAGAUGCUUAAGGUUCUUAAGUUGAAAAGAAUAAAGGUGAGAGAUCUUUCUAAUGAAGUGGAUUUUCCGGCUCUCAAAAUUCUUCAUUUGAAGUCGGUGUUGUUCGUACGUCAUGAAUGGCUUGAGAAAUUUCUAGCAGGUUGUCCUAUUCUAGAGGAAUUGCGGACACACGAUUUACAUACAAUUCCACCCAAUCCAUUUGUUCGAACCAAACCGGCUUUUAAGCCCUUACUUAAUUUGACGAAAGCAAGGAUUUUCGAUGAUCAUAUUAUUUCUGCAACUUUGGUUUGUAAUGUGCAGACUCUACAUCUAGACCUGAUGGAGUGGAUGCGUUCUGAUAAACUUCCCAUGUUUCAUAAUCUAACAUACUUGGAGUUUAAUUUUAGGUAUAUAUAUUUGAAUAAUAUGUGGGAAUGGUUGCUACAAAUGCUCGAUCAUUGUCACAAACUUCGAAGUUUUGUCAUAAAGGAUCAGAUACUUCGAGACGAGGAAUAUGUCCACAAUUGGAAGGAACCACCAAUUGUUCCAAAAUGUCUUUCAUCCCAACUCAGAACAUGUUGCAUUCAGGGUUAUAAAGGCAACGAUAUUGAGCUUAAAUUUGCAAAAUAUAUUUUGGAGAAUUCAAAAUUUAUUCAAUUACUGAUUUUGGUUCAUUUUUGUCCUUAUGGCAAACUAUUCAUAAAAUUGAACAACAAUGCAAUGAAACAGUGA